AGCGGCGAGAUGCAGCCAACCCGCCACGCGCAACGUUGGAGAUCCUGCGAAAGGCUGCUGCGUCAGAAUCAGAGUUGGCUAUCCAAGACAGGGCGCAGGAACAAGCGUCCGAGAAGGGCCGCGAUAGACUCGAAAAGAGUGCAGGAGCGCCCACUGCGGGACGAGAGAGCAUCCACAAGGCAAAGCAGAUGAUGAUGACUUCCCCUCGCAUAUCUGAGCACGGACAGAGGCUACAUAAACUUUGUCUACCGCGCCGGAUCGGCAGAGAACAUGUCGAGUGGGCGCUUGCUCAUGCAGAAAGUCUGGAGCGAAACGUUUCCAAAACUGACAGGCAGGCAGCCAACCAUCGGAAUUUGUCUCCUACCAACU